AAGAUAGGUAAUCAGAUGAGCUGCCACGCCAAAUAGGCUCUCACCAGAGCUUGCUUACGGACCAAAAGGCUUUCUAAGUUGUCCACAUGGAUUCUGAUGUGGAUAGAUAGGUAGUGCAGGAGAUAGCCUAGACUCUUGGAUCCUUCGCGGAAGCACUGAAAGUAUCCCGGGGUCUUAUAUCAUGAACUAAUUUCCAGACUGUUGCGAUAAGUCCCUGUCCUUUUCUUGAGCAAACUUCUCGAUCGAUCUUUCUCCCAUAUUCUUGAGUUAUAGCUAUGGCCCCGUAUGUCAUCCUUGAACAGGCCAGUGAAUCCGGCGCUCAAGGUGAAUGGAUCUCCAAAGCAAAAGCUAUCGUCGAAGAGCAUGAAUUGGCUGAUAAAUCGAAACUGGGGCCAUAUCGCAAUCCAUCCUUGCAAGUAACGCCAGAUCAUCAACUGAAACUUGUCGAUGCUCCAAUAUAUCAACCUGGACCUGGGGAAGUUCUGUUGCAUAUUAAAGCGACAGGAGUCUGCGGGUCAGAUAUUCAUUUCUGGAAAUCUGGAAGGAUUGGGCCCCUCGAAUUCAAGAGUGAUUGUAUCAUAGGCCACGAGGCUGCUGGGGUUGUGCUUCAAUGUGGGGAGAACGUCGCUAAUUUUAAGCCAGGUGACCGAGUCGCGCUUGAACCAGGAGUUUCCUGUGGAAAUUGUUUCUUAUGUCGCGAAGGUCGCUAUAAUCUUUGUGAGGAUGUCCAGUUUGCUGGAGUAUGGCCCUACCAUGGAACAAUUCAAAGGUUCAAGGUCCAAUCAGCUAAGUGGCUGCACAAACUUCCAGAUAGUGUCAGCUUCGCAGAAGGAGCCCUUCUUGAACCUCUCUCAGUGGUCAUGCACGGUAUAAACACUGCUGGAUUAUCCCUCGGUCGGGGAGCUCUCAUCUGUGGUGCAGGACCUAUUGGUCUCAUAGCGCUGGCAGCUGCACGCGCGUCGGGGGCACACCCAAUAGUCAUCACAGAUUUGGAGCCUCGUCGCUUAGCAUUCGCUCAAGAGUUCGUCCCAAGCUGUAAGACAUACAUGGUCAACCCUUCCCUAGACGCAGCGGGAAACGCGAAGGCUGUUCGAGCUCUGUUUGGGAACGAGGAAUACUUCGCACCAUCCACGGUUCUAGAAUGUACCGGGGUGGAAAGCAGUGUCUGUACUGCUGCGUAUGCAGUACGAAGAGGCGGUACAGUGAUGGUUAUCGGUGUUGGGAAAUCCAUAAUGAACAACCUACCAUUCAUGCAUAUCUCCUUAGCAGAGAUCAAUCUGAAAUUCAUCAACCGUUACCACGAUACCUGGCCAGCUGGCAUCGCAUGUUUGGACGGGAAAAUCCUCGAUCUGAAAAAGUUGAUCACACACACUUUUACACUUGAUAAUGCUGCAGACGCUCUCCAUCUAUGCUCAGAUACUAGCAAAGGAAGUAUCAAAGUCCAUAUAGUUGAUGAUACUGAUGUUGGCCUUGAACUGUUCCAAAAUUAGUAAGAUAUUGCAGCCUGGGCAUAGUUAGCAUAACACCACGAGUAGCAUAUUAUUUAAUCCAACGCUCCAUAUAUUCCCGAUAAUACAAAACCUCGCACAGUUAAUAUCAUGGGAGCACACCACCUUCUCAUGAUCUUGGCCAAUGUGCUAAGUUAGUACCUGCUGUACCAAGUUUGGCCUUCGGAUAAAUCCCAUCUCUCAACGAUAGAAAGUACGGC